CACGCAUACGCGUCGCCGCUCGAGUGAACCACUCGCUUCAAGCACCAACCCGGCCAAUAUCUACCCAUAACAUCAGUGCGACAAGAAAUCUUUCCAGAAUGGCCACAGCGACGGUGACGAGAGCUCAGUCUACGAGCAGUGUCCCUGCGAUCCCCAGACCGUCUGCGAGCGCGCUCAUCGUCAACGAACGGAACGAGAUCCUGUUCGUGCAAAGGAAUCCAAAGGCAAACUCGUUCGGAGGUACCUACGUCUUCCCCGGUGGCAACUUCGAUCCCAAGCAGGAUGACUCCCUGGCCCUGACAGCUAUCCGGGAAACAUUCGAGGAAACGGGAUUAUUACUAGCCUCUUCUGACCGUAGCGGGGAACCCGACCUGGACGAUGCCGUUCUGAACGAAGCCCGCAACGCGAUCCACUCCAACCACAUGUCCUUCAGCCACUUCCUCACCGAAUGCCGCCUCGAGCCCGACAUCCAGUCCCUCUUCCCCUUUACAAGCUGGGUCACUCCCGUGCAAGUCCCCAGACGUUUCCACGCGCAAUUCUUCAUCACAUUCCUCCCGCACGCCUCCUCCUCCGGUUUCUCUGAGGGCAGCAAACACUCCCGCCUCCCCACGCCCGACGGCGGGCAAGAAGUCGUCGCCGCCUCCUUCCUGCACCCAGCCACCGCGCUCUUCGCCUACACCUCUGGCCGCAUCGCGCUCAUGCCCCCGCAAUUCUACCUCCUCUCGACGCUCGCGGAGAUCCUCCAGGGCGAGCGGAACACGAGAGAGCAGCGUGAGCGCGUGUACCAGCUCUCAAGGGGUUCGUUUGGGCGGAUGGUGAUCAACCCCCGCGCGCUGGGCACGGACGCCGAGGGCCGCACGGUGCUCACGUACGAGGGCGACGAGACGCGCGGCGGGGCCAAGGGGCGCCUGCACCGCUCGCUGGUGCGCUUCGGCAAGGGCGGGGUACCUACGGAGAACAUGCUGCUGCGCAACUUUGACAUUUUCUCGGAAAUCGAGCCUCACGCGUUCACACCGCACGCGAAGCUGUGACCCCGGACAUGGACGUUCCCUCUCCGGCCAUCUUGCUCCUAUUUAUGUUAUACUAUGCGAUAUGUAAUGUCCCAUUUACGACACGGCCGUUGUAAUCACUUGUACAGUAGGACUACCCUCACAUCUCAGCGGACGUUCAUCGGACCCUCUAGUGAU